AUGACCAAGCCGAAUACCAAGCCAAUUACCGUCUGGUUGACCCCUUCUGGCCCCAAUCCAUGGAAGGUUGUCCUCAUCCUCGAGGAACUUCAGGUGCCUUACGUGAUUGAAUCGUUCAAGUUCAACGAUGUCAAGAAGAAACCCUACACCGAUAUCUGCCCCAACGGUCGUGUACCGGCGAUCGUAGACCCCAACACCGACCUGACCCUCUGGGAGUCCGGCGCCAUUAUCCAGUAUCUGGAGGAGGUCUACGACACGGAGAAGAAGCUGACCUAUGAGUCACUUAACGAGCGACAACUGUUGAACCAGUACCUUCAUUUCCAGAUGAGUGGACAAGGGCCUUACUAUGGCCAGGCUGGAUGGUUCAACGUUCUACACCCCGACAGAAUUCCCUCCGCCAUGGAGCGCUACAACGGCCAAGUGCACCGCUUGCUGGACGUGCUCAACACAUGUCUUGAAGGCAAGACUUGGCUCGUUGGCGAUAAAUGUACGUACGCCGAUUUGUCAUUCGUGCCAUGGAACUGUCGACUGGACAUGCUGCUGCAGACACCCCCAGAGGAGGAUCCCCUGGCACAAUACCCCAAUGUGCAGGCCUGGCAUAACCGCAUGGUUUCCCGACCUUCAUGGAAACGCUGCAUGGAGGUUCGAGACAAGCUCAUGGAUGAUCAGGGCUUGACGCCCAAAGGCAUGCCUAAGGGGAUCAACAAUAUCAAAGAGUAUGAGGAUCUUAUUGCUCGGGAGGCCGCCGAGAAGGAGCAACAGUAA